GUUGGGCUGGUUUUAUUUCGUGAAUGUUAAGCUUCCCUGGUGUGAGAAACAGCUCUGGCGAUUUUCCAGUUUUUUCCUGCCUCUAAACUCGCCCGUGUCCAGAACCGAACCGCUGACUCUCCGUCCGUUUCCCUCCGCGUGGCCACCCGGUGUCCGUGACGUCAGCCGGCUGUGCGCAGAUCCCGGAUGGAGCUGGGGGAAGUGAACUGGGCUGCACAAUAAACUGAAGGCUGCGAGGAGAGUAGGAAAAACCUCCAAAAAGAGCCCGCCGCGCAACCGAACUGGACUAAAUCUACUGCACUGGACCUUACAGCGACCGCAGAAAGACGCGCGGACCCGGUUGCGGUGUACUCCGGUAUCGGGAUUGACCCAGUCUCGCCGUGGAAGUUGCUGAGGAUCGAGCCGUAAGAGAGGAAAAAAAAACAGCAGCCAGCGAAAAGGAACCGAGGAAGGAAACACGGGCUUUGGAAAUACGCUCGCCAACCCGACCGUUUUCAAAACUCCUGGCGAUUACAGAGGCUCUGUUGAUGAAUUAUGUCUACCACCAGUAUUGAUCCUCAGACGUCGAAAGGACAAGAUGCUAAAGUGCAAAAUGGCUCACUUCACCAAAAGGAAACGGUCCAUGACAAUGACUUUGAACCAUACCUCACUGGCCAAUCUAAUCCGAACAACAGCUACCAAUCCAUGACUGACCCCUACUUAUCCAGCUACUAUGCGCCAUCCAUUGGGUUCCCCUACCCCCUUAGCGAGGCUCCCUGGUCAACUGGCGGUGACCCUCCCAUUCCCUAUCUCACCCCUUAUGCCCCUCUCAGUAAUGGAGACCAUCAUUUCAUGCACGACACUGUGUUUGGACAGCCAGGGGGUUUGGGCAGUAGCAUCUACCCCCACCGCUUUAAUUUUUUCCCAGAGAACCCUGCUUUCUCAGCCUGGGGCACCAGUGGCUCUCAGGGUCAGCAAACUCAGAGUUCUGCUUACGGGGGCAGCUACAGCUACCCGCCCAGCUCCCUAGGUGGUACCCUGGUGCCGGAUGGGCAGACAGGCUUCCACAGUGACACCCUGAGCAAGGCACCAGGCAUGAACAGUCUGGAGCAGGGCAUGGUUGGGCUAAAGAUUGGCGGUGACGUCACAGGUGGUGGGUCAGGUGUCAAGACCGUGGGUUCAGUGAUUGGCGGCGGGGCAGUGGCAGCAGCGGUAGCCACAGGUAACGGUGGAACCCCUAUAGGCAUGCCACCCCCCAAACCAACAUCCUGGGCAGCCAUUGCGAGUAAGCCGGCAAAACCGCAGCAACUUAAGGUCAAAACCAAACCCGGGAUGACUAUGGCUGGGGGUGCGUUACCUCCACCACCCAUCAAACACAACAUGGACAUUGGCACUUGGGACAACAAGGGGCCCGUGACCAAAGUGGCCUCACCAUUGCCUCCCCAGCACCAGCAGCAGCAUCCACCUCUCUCUCAUGGCCACCUGCCCCCUCACCCCCAUGGGCUCCCUCCCCCUCCGCAGCCACCCAUGCCCUCCGCCCAAUCCCUCACUCAGCAGAUGGGCACGCCGGCUCCACCUCCUCCUCAGCCUUACCAGAAUCACACCUCAGCCCCGCCCCCUCAGACCCGGUGGAUCGCGCCACGAAACCGCAACCCGGGCUAUGGCGGAGGCGGCAGUGUGGACAGCAGUGGCUCCUCCAGUGGUGGGGGUGUGGGCAAUGGGGGUGGAGGUGGACCCCCAGGCUCCGGCGCAGGUGAGUCGCACCCGGUCCUGGAGAAGCUGCGUGCGGCGCACAGCUACAACCCCAAGGACUUCGACUGGAACUUAAAGAACGGUCGUGUGUUCAUCAUUAAGAGCUACUCGGAGGACGAUAUCCACCGAUCCAUCAAGUACUCAAUCUGGUGCAGCACGGAGCAUGGCAACAAGCGGUUGGAUGCGGCCUUCCGAGCCAUCAACGGUAAGGGCCCCGUCUACCUGCUGUUCAGCGUCAACGGCAGUGGGCACUUCUGCGGCGUGGCCGAGAUGCGCUCGCCCGUGGACUACGGUACCAGUGCUGGCGUCUGGGCACAGGACAAGUGGAAAGGCAAAUUUGAUGUGGACUGGCUGUUUGUUAAGGACGUGCCCAACAGUCAGCUCAGGCACAUCCGGCUGGAGAACAACGACAAUAAGCCGGUGACCAACUCACGUGACACGCAGGAGGUGCCUCUGGAAAAGGCCAAGCAGGUGCUGAAGAUCAUCGCCACCUACAAACAUACCACCUCCAUCUUCGAUGAUUUCUCGCACUACGAGAAAAGGCAGGAGGAAGAAGAGGUGGUGAGAAAGAACUAUGAACCUGCUCCAAUCCAGAAUCGAUCCCGACUGGAUCAGGAACGCCAAAAUCGAAGUAAACAGUAGAAGACUGCACCCCCAUAGCUUGAUCAACGGUUGUUUUAGGACUGACCAUUUGAAAAUUAAAUUUAAAAAGAGGACACAAGAAGAAAUUUAAAAAGAAAAACGAACAGCCAUUUUUGUUUUCUCUAUUUAAUUCUGGUGACUUGGGCCAGCGUCGAACUCAAACCUCUGCUCUUCUGGUUCUGGCUCCGUGAGGGAUGAAGUUGAUUUAACGGCAUCGUGGUCUUCUUCGUCUCUUCUGUCGUUUUGUUGGGUUUUCACACACCUCCCUCAUUUAUUAUUUUUUUUCCCCCCAACUUUGACCAACAAUUGUCUGCACAUUUUUUUUUUUUUUUUCCUCCCCAAUUUUUGUUUGGUCCCACCCCAUUCCUCCCUGCUUCCUCUCAACGCUGGCAGUGAGAGUUGUCAAGGUGACUUGAAUGAGUGUUAAAAGCCUGUGAUUACAUUUGUGAGUGUUUGAGAGGAUGUGAUGACAUUGUGGUGGUUGGUAAGGUGGAGGGAGAAGAACCAUCCAGAACCACCGGGGCUGCUCCCCAGCAUCAGUAACUGUACUUGGCCAGUUUAAAUUUGUACAAUCAAGGUGACGUUCUGUGCAUCCUUAUUGUUGUUGGUGUGGGGGUUUCAAAAGGGGUUGACUGAGGAAGGUCCUGGGGGAGUAUAUGUGCAACUGCGUAUAAGGGACAAUGAAAUGUGUCUUGAUAAAAGAUGAUAAUGUUGAUGUAAAAGAAAACUAUAUUUUUUGAAUUAUGUAACACUCAGCUUAUAACUUUUUUGUGUGUGGCUAGUCACAUUGGUCACAAUACUUUUUGAUUUUUUUCCUUUUUUUUUGUUUUCUUUUGUUUUCCUGCUUGGAGCCUUAACAUUUUUAAAGCUAUAGCGUCAUCAAAACCGUUAAGUAAUUGCUGUACUAUACCUCAACAGCAUAAUCAGGGAAAAAGACGUCCCAUGCACCCUCUACCCAAGGGAAGUCAACAUCACUGGCUGGACUAAAGACGAAAAAAUAAUUUACAGUUUGAGUUACGGUUCUGAGCCAAGUGCUAUGAUUCUGUUAUACUCUGCUUAUUGUUUUAAAAGCAGCGUUGUAACUUUGUACUGUUCCACUGAUGCCCAGCAGAGGUCGCUGUUUCUUUGUUUAAGCCAAUUUGAGAGAAAUGUAGCAUUCACUGCUUUUUUUAAAUCAGUCUAGGUGCAUCACUUCCCUUUUUUUUUUGUUUUGUUUUUUUUUUUUUUUUGUUGUUUUUUUUUUUUUUGUGGUUUCUUAACAGAAUUCAGUUUAUUGAUCUUUUCUUCCCCUUGUCCUCAGUAUAAUGCUAAGCUUUAACGUAGGAGCAUAUAAUAACGGAGAACGCCUCAAAUGUGUAACCUGAAAAAUUAAUGUUACUGAUUUACUGUUAAAAGUAAGAAAAAAAACAAAACAAAAAGAGUAUAUGGUUUCUGUGCGUGACGUUUUUUUUCUUUCUUUUUUUAUUUUUAGGACCUGUGUGCGUGCAUGCGUGCGUGCGUGCGUGUGCGCGGUUGUGUGUUUCUGUGUGAAAGAGAGGGAGUGUAUCUUGUGAGGGAUUCAGAUUUAUAUAAUCAUAUAACAGAUGAUUCAUGAGAAUAUAUGACAUACUAAAAAAUUACAAGACAAGCGUUUGUCACCCCUGAAAAUGAAUAUGCAUUGUAUGGAAGGUCACUAUCUAUCACGUUCUUAGAUUUGAUCAUGGUCAUUAUUAAAAUAAUACUAUAUGUUGUAA